GCGUGUAAAUGCAUUGCAGAAGGGUGACUGUUCAGGAUGAGCUCAGCGGGCCCCGGCCCAGCCUGACGCAAGAGGGAGGACGCCUCCCCUCCAGUCCCCCCCUCCAACCCGAGAUUCAAAAGCUUCCCCCGCCAGAGAUCAAACAGCCCAGAUCUCCUUUCAACCAGACUCCGGAUCCGACGCUGGCUGAUUCCCUGGCUGCUUUAGAGCUGCAGGGAUGGACGCAGCCAAAGCCCCCAAGGUCUUCGUUUCGACCGGUCGCCGUAUUCUCACCAUCGGGUUCGCCUUGCUCAUACUGGCAGUCUUGGCUUGGGCCUACAUCGCAGGAGUCCAGCUAGUUUCUGACCGGUACCACAUCAUGGCUUUCGGCCUGUAUGGUGCCUUCCUGGCAAGUCACCUCGUCAUUCAGAGUUUCUUUGCCUUCCUGGAGCACAAGAGGAUGAGGAGGGGCUCACUGGCUUGCAGCUAUACCAAAACGGUGGCCUUGACCAUCUCAGCGUACCAGGAGGAUCCGGCCUACCUACGUGAGUGCCUUCAGUCCGUCAAGGCGACCUUGUACCCCUCGGACAAGCUCCGGGUCAUCAUGGUGAUAGACGGCAACAGUCCAGAGGACCAAUACAUGAUGGACAUGUUCCAGGAGGUCUUCGCCGGAGAGGAUGUGGGGACUUUCGUCUGGGAGAACAACUACCACCACCAGCCGCAGCUGGAUGUGGACGAGGGGGACAGUGGUUACCAGGCUGGGGAUGAGCCGUCGGCCUACAGUGAAAUCGAUAUGGAGGAUCCGGGGCAGUUGGCCGUGGAGGAGCUGAUUCGGACUCGGAGAUGCGUCUGCAUCAUGCAGAAAUGGGGUGGGAAGCGGGAAGUCAUGUACACCGCUUUCAAGGCCCUGGGCAACUCGGUAGACUACGUCCAGGUUUGCGACUCAGACACCAAGCUAGAGCCAGUGGCGACGGUGGAACUGGUGAAGGUCCUGGAAUCGAAUGAGCACUACGGGGCCGUCGGGGGGGACGUGCGCAUCCUCAACCUCUCGGACUCCUACAUCAGCUUCAUGAGCAGCCUGCGCUACUGGAUCGCCUUCAACAUCGAACGGGCCUGCCAGUCUUACUUUGAUUGCGUCUCCUGCAUCAGUGGCCCCUUGGGCCUGUAUCGGAAUGACCUCCUGCAGCAGUUCCUGGAGUCCUGGUACAAUCAGAAAUUCCUGGGCACCCACUGUACCUUUGGGGACGACCGGCACCUCACCAACAGGAUGCUGAGCAUCGGCUAUGCCACCAAGUACACAGCCCGCUCUCGCUGCUAUUCAGAGACGCCGUCCUUGUUCCUCCGAUGGCUGGCCCAGCAAACCCGUUGGACUAAGUCCUACUUCCGCGAGUGGCUCUACAACGCCCUCUGGUGGCACCGCCAUCACCUGUGGAUGACCUACGAGUCGGUGGUCUCCGGCAUCUUCCCCUUCUUCGUCACGGCCACUGUCCUGCGGCUCUUCUAUGGGGGCAACUUGUGGGACAUAAUCUGGGUGUUGCUCUGUGUCCAACUGGUGGCCUGCAUAAAGGCCCUGUAUGCCUGCUGGCUACGGGGGAACCUCGUAAUGAUCUUCAUGUCUCUCUAUGCAGUGCUCUACAUGGGCGGUCUCCUCCCGGCCAAGUAUUUUGCCAUCGCCACCAUGAACAAGAGCAGCUGGGGGACGUCAGGGAGAAAGAAAAUGGUGGGCAACUACAUGCCCCUGCUGCCCGUUUCCAUCUGGGGCCUGCUACUCUUGGGGGGCAUAAUCUAUACCAUCUGCUUGGAGGCCCGGGCAGACUGGACAACGGAUGCCAAGCAGGCGGAGAUCUGGUACCUGCUGUCUGGCUCGGCCAUAUACUUGGGCUACUGGGCUUCCAUGAUCUUGCUUUACUGGGUAUGGAUAAGGAGAUGCUGCCGGAAGCGAGUUGAUUUCUAUAGCAUCCAGGUGUGAGCCAGACCGACGGUUAGGGGUAGGGGAUCCCGGAAGUCUGCAUCCCUGGCUGCGAGAUGGAACCUUAGCCUAGGGACCAGAUGUGAGCCAGGUCGACGGUUAGGGGUAGGGAAUCCCAAAGUCUGCGUCCCUGGCUGCGAGAUGGAACCUUAGCAGAGGGGCCAGAAAUCGAGACUCUUGAGAGCUCUGUAGAGAGCAACCUGAUAAGGAUAGUUCUGGGAUGAGAAGUGAGAGUUUAUACACCGGGUUAAUUUACAUCCCUUUUUCAUCAUGAAGUAUGGUCUGUCUGUAGAGUGGAAGAGUCAAUUCGUAGGGUUCUCUUCUAGAACCCAGCAUGGAGCUGGUGGGGCACGCCACUCCAGAUUUCCUAUAACUCAGGGAGGAUACCGUUGUAUCCAACAAGACCGGAAGAGCUGUUAAGUGUUGCCCUUCUCUCCCACUUGAACUGGGAGGGAAGUGAACCAUUUCUGACCUCAGUUUAUUUAUUUUGCAUUGAGUUUUCAUGUACUGAGCGCCAGCGCAACUCUGCCAUCUCGUUCGCAAUGCAGCCACCUCUGGGGUGGAGCGCUUCAGGGAUGGCCGCCUGGGGAGUGAUCUCGUUGUACCACAACGCUGUUGCCCCUCAAAGAACAGAGAGACUGUUGUAAUUUUUUUUUGUCUUGUUUGUUGCUGGUCUGUUGAAGUUUUGGACCGGGUUGGAUCUCACCGGGGUGGGGGAGCCACACUUUGCCGAAACUGGAGAUUAGCCCUUGUCACCUGGGAAUUCUUUCAUGUGUUACAGUGUUCUCUCUCUUUGUGUGUGUGUGUGCGCGCGUGUGUAUGUGCGCACUGAAAAAAAAGCAAGAAGAAAAGCAGAAACCUUUUCCUUUUGGACACUUCUUGACUUGUACAAGAAGCACCGGAGUUUACAAUUUUGCAACGGAAGCUGGAUAAAUACUGCCUUUGUUUUCACGUGGGAAAAAAGAGGUUGGCAACAUGGCAAAGAACAGGGUCCAGUUGGAUCCAACGGCCUCUAGAUUUUGCCACAGUAUUGACUACCGGGGAGGGGGGGUUGAAUCGCUGCAGGCGGAGGAGGAAGUCGAAAACUUUAUUUAUUUGCCGUAUUUUAAUAAUAAAAGACUAUUUAAUGAUUUUAGGAUGAGCUAAAAAAUGAGUUAUUUUUACCAAAAAACACUUUUUAUACAAAAGGCGUAGAAUAAAACAUACCUUUUUGUUUUGGAA